GAACAGAAAUCCCUUCUCCCUACUUACUAUGCGUUUAGAUGGCUCACUGUACUAUGUGCCCAGGAAUUUGCUCUUCCCGAAGUUAUUCGUUUGUGGGAUUCUGUAUUUGCCGAUCGCAGUGUCGGAGAAGGCGGAUUCGAGUUUCUCCUUGAUUUUUGCUGUGCAAUGAUCAUAUGUGUUAAAGACGAAUUAUUGGAUGGAUCGUUUGCGGAUAAUAUCAAACUGCUUCAGAACUAUCCGAUUCAAGAUCCUACAAUAGUACUCCAAAAAGCGUACGGACUUCGUGAAGCACGACUGCUAGCUCAACUUAACGGAGACUCUGACGCAUCAAGCGACGAAGAAGAUUACAUUCCAAUAGGACAAAAAGGACGAUCCAACAAUCACAACGAUUGGCUGUCAUUCGCACCACGCAACACGUUCGCCAAUGCCAACAUUUUUAAACGCACAAACAACAAUUCCAACGAGCCUCAGAAAAGUGUGUUUCCAUUCAGCAUUGGUAAUAAUAGUUCCGCUACAGUACAGCAGCGUAUGCACACUGUUGCCGGUGAAACUAGAAGCAAGGCAUCCGUGCUGCUACGAAAAAUGAAGGGUGCAAUGUCGAACAUGCCGACCACGGGAAUUGCUGCGGUGCAAACAAAAGCGGCUCCUAGACUGGCUGGUAGAUUUUCGGUUUGGAAACGAAAUACUUUUACUCCCACACCAUCAUGA